AUGUCGUCAUCUCCGGCGGGCGUAAAGCCCGAAAAAACAAUGUCGUCACGACUGCUCACAAUGAAGUUCAUGCAACGCGCCGCAGCGACGGCAGUUGCCAAAGAAUCUCAGUCAGGAUCUGAGAAUGGCCCGCCUACUCCGAAGCGCGCCAGGCUAUCAACUGAGGCUCAGAGCCCGGGAGCACCGGGAACACCACAGGCAGAACUCGAUGCGAUCAAUGCAGCCCUGAAAGCAGAGGAGGACAAGCGCCGAGCAGCUGCUGCACGACAGGCUGCCGAGGCGGGCGAAACUGAAUGGGUGCUGGACAUCCCCGCUGCCUCUUAUCCUUCACAGCCCAUGGUCGUGGCAGCCGACUCGUUAGAUACUGAAGGUGACACUCCGCGCGGGGGUCGUCGGUCGUUCGGCAACUUCAAGCGCAAGCCGAAAUACGUGAGUUCUACUGAACCGCCUACAUAUCACCAUUCUGACAUCUUCAAGGCCUACACAGAAGAAGAAGACGAGGAAAUGAAUGAUGAGGAGAAGGAGGAAUUGAAACAGAUUGAUCCCGAAGACCCUGACCAGAUGGACGCCUUCAUGGAAAAGCUGAGGGCUAAUGCUCAAGCCAGAGCAUUGAAAAAGAACAACACCCACAACUUCAAGCUGUCCGAGCUGACAAGUAUCUCCGGUGGAGGCGGGCGCCAACCACAAAUGGGAAGAUCUUCUUCGGAUAAGAAGCCAAAGAAUAAGAAGAAGCGCAAGAGCGGUUGA